CAUUACGACUCUUUUGGAGGCUCAUUCAAAAUGGAGUAAAGCUUACUGACACAAAUAUAAACAUACAGCUUUUUACUACUCUUUUAUUUAUUAUAACACAAACAGGUUGUUACUCAUUAGAAAACAAGUAGCUCCUGCACAAUGACGGAAGAAAAGAAGACGGGCUCUUUGGGUUUCUUUUCGAGCUACGAUGACCUGAGCGACAGCAGCGAUGGCAGCGACUCCGACGAGGAGGGGGAAAGUCGGAAGAAGAAGCCGGGGACAGACGCUCAUGGCGUGGGAGCACAGUCCUCACAACACGGGACCAAACGAGCCGCCGGUGGAGCUCCGUUACCCAAACCUGAAGAGCUGUUCGGCUCCGUGUCCAAGCCUGCCUUUCUCUACAACCCGCUCAACAAGGAGAUAGACUGGGAGAGUCUGACGGUCAAAGCUCCUGAAGAGCCUGCCAGAGAGUUCAAGCCAUGGAAGACAAAUGCUGUGCCCCCUCCUGAGAGCUACUCUUCAGAGCCAGAGAGGAAGAAGGGACCUCCCCCAGGCAUGGACAUGGCUAUAAAGUGGUCCAAUGUGUACGAGGACAAUGGGGAAGAUGCACCGCAGCCUUUUGGUGGCACCGCCCGAUUCUUACCCCCCGAUGAGGAACUCUCUGAAUCAG